UGAAAGGAAAGGAAAGCUUCAUGACCAGAAGCAAGAUACUUUCGGCACAACACAUUCUCCAGUUUGAAGCCUCCCUGGUCUUUCUAAGAGGAGCUAAAGAAGAAGGUUUACAAAAAGUGUCAGCCAUGGCUUCCUCCAGCAGUGUCCUGUCUGAAGAUCAGCUCCAGUGCUCCAUCUGUCUGGAUGUGUUCACUGAUCCAGUCUCGACUCCAUGUGGACACAACUUCUGCAUGGUCUGUCUCAAAAAGUGCUGGGACAGCAGUCCACACUGCCGGUGUCCAGUUUGUAAGGAGGAGUUCUCCAAAAGGCCUGAGCUACGUGUGAACAUGUUCAUCUCUGGACUGGCUGCUGAGUUCAGGAAGUCAGUCCAGGUGAAGUCCAGCAGAGCUCCAGAAAAACCUCCCUCCAAGCCUAAAAAAGUGCUGUGUGACUCCUGCACUGAGGAAAAGCUGGAGGCUGUAAAGUCCUGUCUGAGCUGUAUGACCUCUUACUGCAAGAUUCACCUGGACCCUCAUCAGAGAGUUUCUUCAUUAAAGAAACACAAACUGAUGGACCCUGUGGAGAACCUGGAGGACUACAUCUGCCAGAAACACCAGAGACCCCUGGAGCUGUUCUGUAGAGACGACCAGACGUGUGUGUGUCAGUUCUGCACUGAGACAGACCACAAGACUCACAGCACUGUUCCUGUAGAGGAGGAGAGUGGACAGAAGAAGACUCAGCUGAGGAAGAAACAGGCCAAAGUUCAGCAGAUGAUCCAGAACCGACUAAAGAAGAUUGAAGAGAUAAAAAUCUCUGUCAAACUCAUCAAAAGAAACACAGAGAAGGAGAAAGCAGACAGUGAGGAGGUCUUCAGAGCUCUGCUGCGCUGCAUUGAGAGAAGCCAGGCGGAGCUGCUUGAGCUGAUGGAGGAGAAGCAGAAAGCAGCAGAGAGACAGGCUGAAGAGUUCAUUAAAGAGCUGGAGCAGGAAAUCACUGAGCUAAAGAGGAGAGACACUGAGCUGAAGCAGCUCUCCCACACUGAGGACCACCUCUACCUCCUACAGGUUUAUCCGUCCCUCUGCAGCCAUCCACACACUAAGAAGUGGACUGACGUCAGUAUUAAGACUCAUCUGAGUGUGGAGACUCUGAGGAGAGCUCUGACUCAGCUUCAGCGAUCACUCAGUGAGGAAAUGAAGAAGGUUGUUGAUGUCGAACAAACUGAAGUUCAACAAUAUGCAGUGGAUGUAACUCUGGAUCCUGAAACAGCUCAUCCUAGACUCAUCCUCUCUGAUGAUGGGAAACAAGUAACACAUGGAGGCACUCGACAGAACCUCCCUGAUAAUCCAGAGAGGUUUGAUGUAUCUCCCUGUGUUCUGGGAAAGGAGGGGUUCUCCUCAGGGAGAUUUUACUAUGAGGUGCAGGUCAGAGGCAAGACAGACUGGGAUAUAGGAGUGGCCAGAAAGUCCUUCAACAGGAAGGGGCUGAUAAAAGCCAGCCCUGAGAAAGGAUACUGGUCUGUGUGGCUGAGGAAUGAGACUGAAUAUAAAGCUCUGGACUCUCCCCGGGUUACACUCUCUCUGAAACAGGCUCCCCAGAAGGUGGGGGUGUUUGUGGAUUAUGAGGAGGGUCUGGUCUCCUUCUAUGAUGUUGAGGCCAGAUCUGAUAUCUACUCUUUCACUGGUCAGUCUUUCAAAGAGAAACUCUAUCCGUUGUUUAGCCCCUGCACCAAUGAUAGAGGUAAAAACUCAGCACCACUGAUCAUCACACCUGUUCUGACGUCACCGCGGAGAAGCGAAAGUAAAGGGCGAAACUGCUUCGUGAACAGAAUCCAGUUGUUCUCAGCUGAACUCGAUCUCCAGUCUGAAGCUCCUCCAGUGUUUGUAGAGAAGCUGAAGCUCCUGCAGGUGAACUCUCAGGAACAAGAGUCCAGAAAGUCAGUCAUGGCUUCCUCCAGCAGUGUCCUGUCUGAAGAUCAGCUCCAGUGCUCUAUCUGUCUGGAUGUGUUCACUGAUCCAGUCUCGACUCCAUGUGGACACAACUUCUGCAUGGUGUGUCUCAAAGAAUGCUGGGACAGCAGUCCAGACUGCCAGUGUCCAGUUUGUAAGGAGGAGUUCUCCAAAAGGCCUCAGCUACGUGUGAACACGUUCAUCUCUGGAUUGGCUGCUGAGUUCAGGAAGUCAGUCCAGGUGAAGUCCAGCAGAGCUCCAGAAAAACCUCCCUCCAAACCUAAAAAGGUACUGUGUGACUCCUGCACUGAGGAGAAGCUGGAGGCUCUAAAGUCCUGUCUGGACUGUGGAGUAUCUUACUGCAGUGACCAUCUGAUGCUUCAUAGAACAACACCUAAACUCCAGAAACACAAACUGAUGGAAGCUGUGGAGAACCUGGAGGACUACAUCUGCCAGAAACACGAGAGACCCCUGGAGCUGUUCUGUAGAGACGACCAGACGUGUGUGUGUCAGUUCUGCACUGAAACAGACCACAAGACUCACAGCACUGUUCCUGUAGAGGAGGAGAGUGGACAGAAGAAGACUCAGCUGGUGAAGAAACAGGCUGAAGUUCAGCAGAUGAUCCAGGACCGACUGAAGAAGAUUGAGGACAUCAGACACUCUGUAAAACUCAACAAAAGAAUCACAGAGAAGGAGAAAGCAGACAGUGUGGAGGUCUUCAGAGCUCUGCUGCGCUGCAUUGAGAGAAGCCAGGCGGAGCUGCUUGAGCUGAUGGAGGAGAAGCAGAAAGCAGCAGAGAGGCAGGCUGAAGAGUUCAUUAAAGAGCUGGAGCAGGAAAUCACUGAGCUAAAGAGGAGAGACACUGAGCUGGCGCAGCUCUCACGCACUGAGGACCACCUCCACCUCCUACAGGUUUACCCGUCCCUCUGCAGCCGUCCACUCACCAAGAACUGGACUGACAUCAGUAUUAAGACUCAUCUGAGUGUGGAGACUCUGAGGAGAGCUCUGACUCAGCUUCAGCGGUCACUCAGUGAGGAGAUGGAGAAGCUUCCUGACAUCAAAAUCAAGAGAAUUCAACAAUAUUCAGUGGAUGUAACUCUGGAUCCUGAAACAGCUCAUCCUAAACUCAUCCUCUCUGACGAUGGGAAACAAUUAACACAUGGAGAUACUCGACAGAAUUUCCCUGAUAAUCCAGAGAGGUUUAAUCAGUGUGUCUGUGUUCUGGGAAAGGAGGGGUUCUCCUCAGGGAGAUUUUACUAUGAGGUGCAGGUCAGAGGGAAGACUAAGUGGGAUUUAGGAGUGGCCAGAGAGUCCAGUAACAGGAAGGGAGAGAUUACACCCAGCCCUGAGGAUGGAUACUGGUCUGUGUGUCUGAGGAAUGAGACUGAAUAUAAAGCUGUGGACUCUCCCUCUGUUCCACUCUCCCUGAAACAAUCCCCCCAGAAGGUGGGGGUGUUUGUGAAUUAUGAGGAGGGUCUGGUCUCCUUCUAUGAUGUUGAGGCCAGAUCUCAUAUCUACUCUUUCACUGGUCAGUCUUUCAAUGAGAAGAUCUAUCCAUACUUUUGCCCCUGCAACAAUGAUGGAGGUAAAAACUCAGCACCACUGAUCAUCACACCUGUUCAACAUUAUAAAUGAGGAUCUUUUAUCACACAGAAAUAUUUUAGGAUAUCAGAAUAAACUGACUCUUCACAGCUUUACAGACUGAAACUGAAAGUAGUGUUUUAUUUAUUCAGUACUGAGCAAAAGUUUUAUGCACCUGAAACUGAACUGAAAUUAAAGUUGUUUAUCUGGUCGGUGUUUAUUUGUUCAGGUGAAAUAAAAAAACACACAUGAUACUAAACGAUGGGCAAAUAUUUUGUUUGUCUGUGUUUUUGUUUAACCGAAGCCCAGCAUUAUUUUAGUGUUCAUCCAAUACCUGCUUUAUCUAAUCAGUGCUUCAUUAUGUUAAACCAGCUGCUUCUAAUGGAAUUUAAUAAUCCAUGUGGUCUCUGGAGGCGUCCAGGAGAAACCUGGAACCAGACUGUGUUCUUCAAACUAUCUCAGAGGAUAUCAACCACUUUGUACACAACUAGACAUUUAUUUUAGUUCUUAAUGUUUUUCAUCUUAAUUUGCAUUUUUAUGUUUAUAUCUUGCUGGAUUAAAAGUUGUAGUACUGUAUAAAAAUUAAUUUACACAGUAAACGAGUGAACAAUGUAAAUAAAUAAAUAAUUUUUAAAUAAUAUUUUUGCCAGUUUCUCUGUGUUAAACAUAUUUAUAUUUUUCAA